GGGAGUUACUACAUCACGGGCGACGAGCGAGGAUAGAAAAAACGACCCAAAUAUGAGCGGUUAUCGAAGCAGUUCUGUGGCGCCUGACCUUAAUCCACCGAGAUAUUUUUGUGGCAGACAAAACUAUGGCUGAAAUGGUAAAGCGACAUUCCAGCACUCGCUUGCUUUGGUCAGGAGAGAACUUUACCCAGAUUUCUAAAAUAUUUAUACCCAUGAACAAGUCUGGGAAAUCACUGGACACUUCUGGUUCUGGGUCGAAAGCAGAAAACCAGAUAUUAUUUCGAUCCCAUGAAUGGGCGUGUACACACCAUUUUGAGCAACUCAGUUCCUAAGAGCAAACUGAUAGAACUGAUCGAUGACAUCAGUGCCGUUGCUGAUCUCAAAACGGGAUGGAAUUGCAAGUCAUGGCUAUGUGUUGAACCACUACAUUACACACAGACCGAUAGCUAUAACUGUGGUGUGAUUGUAUGUCUUUUUGCUCGGUGUUUGUGUGAGGGGUUGAAUAUCAAUGGAAGUUACGAUGUGGACAUGGAAAGGGAAAGAAUAACGUCUGUCAUAUUUGGCUCGUGUUAUGAUGACCUUGAUUGGAGAAAUACCGCGGUCUGUAAGAUUUGCAAAGACGACGAUGGAGAAGAUUGGCUUGGGUGCGAUAGCUGUGGCCAGUUUUUCCAUGCAAGUUGUCUGGAUGUGCCUUUCGCGGAGACGCUUACGCAACAUUUCACCUGCCCUUAGGGUGGCUUCUUGUCAGUACAAGUAGAGUUUAAAUUUUAAAGCUGACUAUAACAAUGAACCAGAUGAUGAACUUAAUGUCAUGUACAGACCUUAAUUUGUAAGAUAAGAAAUACAGUCCUUGGUAGUAGAUAGAUUUUCACGAGCGUCAAUGGUGCAGAAUCGUAACUUGAUGGAACCAACAGUGGACAACAUCCCAGAAUUCAAACUUUGUGAUUUUUUUCUCGGCUUAAACGCUAAGUCAGUUGUUCAAUUGAAUAGGAAGAAAAACAUUUCAAACGGAAAACAGAAUUAUUUGCACGUGUGGAUCUUUUGAGAAAACGUCUCCUAAACGAGUGGUCUUGAUUAUAAAUAUUUAAGGAAUGGUAAAUACAUUAGCCUUAACAUGGCUGUUUCUCGAAGCUCAGUGUUUUCCUACUUGCCUUUUUUCCACGUGAAUUGGGGGCGAUUGAAUAGAUAUAAUGUGCAGUAAAAGAACUUCAGCUGAUAGAAAUUUUAAAUUUCUCA